CGGCGGCGGGCGCGUGUGCCGUUUUCGGGGCCCGUUCUCGAGGCUGUGGCUGGCUUCGCCUCCCGCCCGCUUGGAGACAAGGAUGAGUGUUUUCUGACAUGGCUUUGCAGUGCAAGAUACAGACUUUGCAAGUGGUUGAUACUGAAUAUAGUGCUGAUGCUGUGGAGUGGUGCCCUGUGGAAGGCUGGCACAACAUCCUGGUAUGUGGCACCUACCAGCUGAAGAAACCUGAUGGCAAGAACCCUGAGGAGAGCAAUAAGCCCCAUAUCCGACUGGGCCGCCUCUACCUGUAUCACUUUGAAGAACAGAUUUUUUCUCCACUGACAGAGAUACAGAGGCUAGAAACAGCUGCUGUGCUGGAUAUUAAAUGGUGCCAUGUUCCUGUUGCAGAACAUCCCUUGCUGGCUGUUGCAAAUGCCAAGGGAGCAGUGGAGUUUUGCUGCCUGACAGGAAGUGAGAAGAACAGCUGCAAGUUCAAACCAUUGUGCAGCGUUGACCUAGGAGAUGAAUGCCUCACAUUAUCGUUGGACUGGUCUACAGGACGAAAACAGGGGGGGAGCCCAUUGCAGCUGGUCAGCAGUGAUUCCAAAGGGAGGCUGAGCUUGCUGUCUGUCGAUGAAUCUUCUCCUUCUGUGCACAUUAUGCAACAGUGGAAGGCACAUGAUUUUGAGGCCUGGAUUGCUGCAUUUGACUACUGGAAUACACAUGUUAUCUAUUCUGGUGGAGAUGAUUCCAAACUAAGGGGCUGGGAUGCCCGUGUCAGUCCCAUGGCUCCUGUUUUCACAUGCGAGAGGCACUCAAUGGGGGUAUGCAGUAUUCAGUGCCAUCCACUCAGAGAGAAUCUGCUGGCCACAGGAAGCUAUGAUGAACAUGUUCUCCUGUGGGACACUCGAAAUAUGAAGCAGUCAUUGGCGGACACCCAUGUGCAGGGAGGAGUGUGGCGGCUGAAAUGGCAUCCAACACAGGAGCACUUACUGCUGGCAGCCUGUAUGCACAAUGGCUUCAAAAUCCUCAAUUGCCAAGGCGCUAUGGAGGAGAACAAAGAGCGAUGUCCUGUUCUUUCAUCCUAUGUUUUGCAUAAUUCCUUGGCUUAUGGAGCUGAUUGGUCAAGGCUUACCCUGAAGAAUCCCUUGGUACUGUCUACAGAGAUGCCAGUGGUUCAUGAAGAUGAAGGAGCGACACAUGUGGAUCUUGAAGUCCACAACCUGAAGAUAGUUUAUGAAUCUCCUACUGCUACCUUUGAUGUGUUGUUAGAUGAGGAUCAAACCCCUGCUUCACCAGUCCAAGUGGAAGGAAGCUUUGACUUUCAACAACCAGGUCCUGGUGGGGAUGGUUCAAAUACCAAACUGGCCAAAGCCCAAAGAGAAACCAGCCUCCUGGCAACAUGCUCCUUUUAUGACAAUGUUCUACAUGUCUGGAAGUGGGAAAUUAGCCAGACUAUCUCUUCAGCCUAGACAUAAUGUCAGCAUUCAUUCUGGACUAACGUUUUGGCCUGCUUGCCUUUCUCUUUAGUGGGCCCUUUAGCACCAAAGGAUAACGUAGAGGAAGCUGUCCUGGCCCCAUGGCUAUAUAUUUCCUACAUGAGGUUUCUAGCUUUACUCCUGGGGUCCUGUGGCUUUAAGAGCUUUGAAGACUCCUUGGACACUUUGGCCGAGUUAUAUUGCAUAAAAAGGUGGGCUCAAUGGCACUAAAGCUUGUCUUCAUAAGAGUAAGGGCCUUAGUUAUAGCACAAAUUCAAUUAUCUGAGGUUUUCUUGUUCUACUAGAAGAAUCUUUUGUACACAGCAAUUCCUGCUUGAGAUGGAAUAAGGUUCUAUUGCUCCCUAUACCUAGCAUUUUAAUCCCUUUUUACUUUCCCUGUAAAAGAAGCCUUUCUCUGUUAUGUUUGGAAACUGGGGUAAGACAUGGGUUCAAGAGAAACCAUCAGUCCCUUACUUUUUUGUUGGGGAAUGAGCUUUUCAUGGGUAUCUUUUUUCAAACACUAGCUUAAAAUAAGGUAGACAAAAAGCAGAAACCUGUUUGCCAGCUGCCUCAUUUGGCAGUCGCUUAACGAUUAAAGAUCUUUUGGUUCCAGCCAGAUACUUGAAGGCGAGGAAAUACACCAGCAGUACUAUACUCACUUUUCUGUAAUCCAAAUCCUGAGCCUAGGAAUGCCUAGAGUCUUAGCCUCUGGCUUGAAGCUUGCAAUUGCUUUGAACUUGCUACUGGGAGUAUGUUAAUGGGGAACAGAGAAGCCGUUUUGCCCAUCUCUGCUGUAGAUUGCCUCAGAGCUAAGGCAGCUACUACAUACUAUGAAGUUUUAGUAUUGCUUCCAUAUCACAGAAUGAAAGACCACCAGCAACAAACAGUAUUAAUAGCAGGCAAGGAUACUCGACACCUAGGGAAAAACUAUGCAAGUUCCUUAAUUCUGCAAAAAUCCUUGCUGAAGGGCAUAAAGUUCUCGAGACACGACAUACUAUCUAGGCUACUUAUGUGCAAAUAUGCACAUUGUGAACAAAAAUCGCUUGUUUAAAUAAAAUAUAUAUUUUGAACUUUUCUAAAAUAAAAAUAGAUACAACUUC